UGUCUUUCUUGUUCAGGAGCAUUGGAUUUAUUCCCAGUUUCUCAAACUGUACUACAACUUCAAUAUCAUUAUUCCUUUUAUCGUUACAUGUUUGUUAAAAUGCAUAAAGGAAUUCAACUUGUGUAUAGCAUAAUCUCACAGUUUCGGCCUUUUGUAUAAAGGAACAAGCUAGGAUAUUUGGUACUUCUGUCAUGUUAAAGUGCAAUAAGAGUAAUGGCUCCUUAUACAUUACAAGAUUAAAUAUGUAAAGUAGAAUAAGCUUUAUCAGCUGUGGUUUUAUAAGAAUCUUUACUGACUGUAUUAAUGGGAAUGCCUCAAUGUUGUUGACUCCUUUCUUGUUCCAGAGUAAUCCAUUUUUUGGUGUGGAUUUAUGCAUUUACUAGUUCUAGCUUCUUUACUUUAUGCAUCAACGAAUUAUGGGUUCGAGCCUCUAAAUCGUAAUUUGCUGCUAAAGAUGAAGAUAUUAAAGAACUUUACUGCUAAUCCUUGAAGAUGAAUACAAAUUUUUUGUUUGGCAAGAGCACUACAGGCGUCUGACAUCAAUUUCUAUCUGUUCUCUUGCGCUUCCCAGCAACAUAUUUUCUCCUUUGUUAUAUUUCUUUAAUUUGCUAUUGCUGCUUUGGUUUCAUGGGUUGGAGUCCAUAUACUCACUCUUCAUUCCUUCACAAAAUUACUCUGCUGACUAUGUUACAACCAUUUGAGAGCAAAAAGACGUACGAGGCAUGAUCGGUUGUUUUUUAGGAGAUUUCCAUUGCCACAUUAGUUCUGUUUAAUAUGACGAAGACAGGCACCUUUCGCCGUUAUGCUGAUCUGAAGCUGUUGUCAGGUAAGGUGGUAGGGAUGUUCUGUUGUCAUAAACCACAAAGCAAGUAUGAGAGGCUGGAUCGUAAGCUUGAAAAGAGGAUGAUUGAGAUUAAGAAAAGUGCCUCAGGACAAAGCAACUUCAGAUCAAUCAAUAGCAUAAUCAUGAAAUUCCCCCAGUUCAAAGAGGGAUUGAAAGAGAUAAGAGACAUUUUCCGACAGUACGAUGAAGAUAACAAUGCAACCAUUGAACGUGAAGAACUAAAAAAAUGCUCUCAGGAAUUGCAGUUAACAAUCAGAGAGGAGGAAAUUGAUGAUCUUUUCUACUAUUGUGAUAUAAAUGAAAAUGAAGGCAUACAACUCAAUGAGUUUAUUGUUCUUCUGUGUCUCAUAUAUUUCCUAACGGAUUAUUCCAUCCCUUCUCAUACUGCAUCAGAUAUUCUUUCGCCACAGCUUCAAGCUACUUUUAAUAUUAUAAUUGAAGCAUUCUUGUUCCUUGAUAAAAAUGGCAAAGGGAAAUUGAACAGGAAAGAUGUUGUCCAGGCACUGAAUGAGGCUUCUUCUUUGGAGAGAUCACCCUCUCACGUGACUCACACUCGAUUCAAAGAAAUGGACUGGAACAGAAAAGGCAAGGUUGGCUUCAGGGAGUUUCUCUUUGCUUUCAUCGACUGGGUUGGAAUGGACUCAGAUGAUGAAGCUAUUGAGAUAGAAAAUUAGCUGGAUCCAGAUCUGCAAGGCAGAAAGCAAGAUACAAUCUGCAGGAGGUCAGAGUUGAUUGAUGUGUACACGUGACAUAAAGCGCGUUGCAUAUCAGUGUGCAUAAGUGGCCAAUUACACGUACGUUUAUUACUUUCAGCUGAAAAAGCUGAAAUCUCACUUCUGUUUCAUACUUUUGUGUGUUUUGCUGUUUCUUUCCCCAUAAGAUUUCUUAAGAUCUGUAGUCUAUACUUUGUAUCAAUGAAUUGAACUGUUUCCCGGUGUU